AAAUGCGGAACCCAAAAACAAAGCAUGUUGUUGGUUGUUCUAUUAUUGGAGGUGAGAAAGAGGAGAACAUCGUUGUUAUUUAAAGCGAAGGCCAAAGAUCAAGUUCAGAGGCAGAGUCGACCAUGAGUACUCUUAAGGUUAUCUCCAUACUUUUGCUCGCCGUCUGCUUCCUUUCCUUCAUUCUAGCAAAGCCUGAUACUUAUAUCAUAAACAUGGACUCAUCAGCCAUGCCUAAAGCCUUUUCCAGUUACCCCAGCUGGUAUUUGUCCAUGCUUUCUUCAAUAUCAGAUACUUCUAACACAGAAAGUGGCAGCUCAGCUACUUCAAAACUUCUAUAUACUUACUCUAAUUCGAUCAAUGGCUUCAGCGCCAUUCUCACUUUAUCUGAGCUUGAAGCCCUCAAGAAUUCUUUUGGGUACAUUUCAUCUACACGGGAUGUUCCUCUUAAGGCUCAUGCAACUCACACUUCUCAAUUUCUUGGUUUAAGCUCUACGUCGGGUUCAUGGACAGCUCCAAACAUGGGUGAAGAUGUCAUAAUUGGCAUACUUGACUCUGGCAUUUGGCCGGAGAGUGAGAGCUAUAGCGAUGAGGGAAUGGCUAAAGUUCCCCCCAGAUGGAAAGGAAAAUGUGAAUCUGGAACCCAAUUCAAUUCUUCCUUGUGUAACAAGAAACUCAUUGGGGCUCGAUUUAAGAGUUUGCUUGCUAACCAUCCGAAACUAAAAAUUACAAUGAUCCCCAGAGAUAAUGAUGGACAUGGCACACAUACUUCAUCGACUGCAGCAGGCAACUAUGUAAAAGGUGCUUCCUAUUUUGGCUAUGCCUCAGGCACAGCCAGAGGCAUGGCGCCGCGGGCUCAUAUAGCGAUGUGCAAAGUAAUUUGGAGAUAUGGCAUCUAUGCAUCUGAUGUACUGGCUGCAAUGGACCAGGCAAUUGAUGAUGGAGUGGAUAUAUUGUCCUUAUCCUUGGGUUUUAAUGUGGAAGAACACUUUUUGGAAGAUGAUCCAAUAGCAGUAGCCAACUUUGCAGUCAUGGAGAAGGGUGUACUUGUACUAGCAUCAGCUGGAAAUGAUGGGCCUUUGUUUUGGAGUAUACGCAAUGGAGCACCAUGGUUGUUAACUGUGGGCGCUGGUUCAAUAGAUCGUAAAUUUUAUGGAAUUUUGACUUUGGGAAAUGGGGUUCAAAUCACCUUUCAAACCUUGUAUCCAGGCAAUUAUUCUCUAAACCAAAAACCCCUGGUUUUCCUGGAUAAAUGUGAGAGUGUCGGUGAACUAAAGAAAUUAAGAAACAACAUCAUUGUUUGCAAGGACCAUCUAAGUAUAAGCAAUCAAGUUGAAAAUGCUGGGUCUGCUAGGGUUUCUGCAGCCGUUUUCAUUUCCAAUUAUUCUUCUCUAUCUGAGCUUUACACCAGAAGCUCAUUUCCAGCAGCAUUUGUUGGCCUUCGCGAUGGCCAAACUUUGAUAGACUACAUAAAGCAGAACACUAAUCCUAGCGGAAGGCUUCAAUUUCAGAAAACAACUAUUGGUACAAAGCCAGCACCAAGGGUAGAUGAUUAUAGCUCCCGAGGUCCAUAUUUAAGAUGUCCCAGUGUUCUAAAGCCAGACAUUUUGGCUCCUGGCUCCGUAGUGUUGGCGUCUUGGUCUCCGAUUAGUGAAGUUACUUCUGUCCGAUCACGUCCAUUGUUUAGCAAUUUCAAUCUUGAUUCAGGCACGUCCAUGGCUACUCCACAUGUGGCAGACGUGGCAGCACUUUUAAAGGCAGCACACCUUGAUUGGAGUCCUGCAGUCAUUCGUUCUGCCAUUAUCACCACUGCCAAAUUAUUAGACAAUACUUUAAGCCCCAUUAAAGAUGUUUCAAAUUACAACUUCCCUGCUAGUCCUCUAGACAUUGGAGCUGGACACAUCAAUCCCACCAAGGCUCUUGAUCCUGGGCUUGUGUAUGAUGCAGCACCUGAAGACUACAUUAAGCUUCUCUGUGCAAUGAAUUACACAUCAAAACAAAUUCGAAUCUUUACAAACUCAAGUCACAACUGCAUGAGUAGGUCCUUGGAUCUCAAUUACCCAUCUUUCAUAGCUUUCUUUACGGAUGAGCAGUCAACUUCAAAUAAAAAAGUUGUGAAAGAAUUUCGAAGGACUGUAACCAAUGUAGGCCAGGAAGGGAUGGGCUUAUGUUUUGGGCAAGUUGGUCAAGCCCAAGUUCUACAAGAGAAUUGA